AGCGCGGCGCUCUGAGGGACCGGCCGAGCUCGGCUUCCCCCGAGCAGCCUCCCCUGGGAGCCGCGGCGGCGGAUCGGACUCGGCUGGGACCUGCCAUGACUCCCCUGGCUCCUCCCAUGGCAUGAGCCCGAGCUCUCCUCCCCGCUCCGCCUGCUUUUGGUCUCUCUCCGUUCCCGGGCUGUCAGAUGGGAUAGGACACACCCGGGCGUGCGGGGCUCGACGCUGCCGGGGGGGAGCGGCGGAGGCAACCGGUGACAGCCGUCGGCUCGCCUGGGGUCGAAGAUGAGCUGGCGGUGGGCUCGCCAGCACUGGAACGGCGGCUCCUCCGUGCUGCUGCUGCUGCCGCUGCUGCUGUGGCACGGCCGGGUCCGGCCGGCCGGCGCCGACAACGCCAGCCAGGCGUACUACACCGCGCUCAUCAACGUGACCGUGCUGAGCCCCGAGCGCGGCGGCCCCACGCUGCUGCGGAUCGACCGCGGCCGCUACGGGCAGGACUCCCCGAAGGUGGAGGUCAAGGGGCUGCUGGUGACUCCCGUCCCUAUCAACGGAGUUGCAGAUCGUCUGGGCUGUGACCCUCGAACACGUUUCCAGGUCCCCCCAAACACCAAGCAGUGGAUUGCUUUGCUACAGAGAGGAAAUUGUACAUUUAAAGAGAAAAUACUGCGAGCAGCUUCACAUAAUGCCACAGCUGUGGUCAUUUACAACAAUGUAUCCAGUGAAGAACCUGUCACAAUGACUCAUCAAGGAACUGGAGACAUUGUUGCUGUCAUGAUUACAGAGUCGAAGGUUAAGGAGAUCCUGAAUUACUUGGAAAAGAACAUCUCUGUGCUGAUGGCCAUAGCAGUGGGGUCCCGUGUUCCUCCAAAGAACUUCAGCCGGGGCUCUCUAGUCUUUGUGUCAAUAUCAUUCAUUGUUUUGAUGAUCAUUUCUUCAGCAUGGUUAAUAUUUUACUUCAUCCAGAAGAUCAGGUACACAAGUGCACGUGACAGGAAUCAGCGUCGUCUUGGAGAUGCUGCCAAGAAAGCCAUUGGUAAAUUGACAACCAGGACAGUAAAGAAGGGUGAUAAGGAAACAGACCCAGACUUUGAUCAUUGUGCUGUCUGCAUUGAGAGUUACAAGCAGAAUGAUGUUGUUCGCAUUUUGCCGUGCAAGCACGUAUUCCACAAAAUCUGUGUGGAUCCAUGGCUCAGUGAGCACUGUACAUGUCCAAUGUGUAAACUGAACAUUCUGAAGGCACUGGGAAUUGUGCCCAACGUGCCGUGCACAGAUAACGUCGCCUUUGACAUGGAGAGGCUGACGCGGGGGCAGCCGGCGAGCAGGCGCUCGGCGCUCGGCGACUUCGGCACCGACAGCUCCCUCAGCCUGGAGCCCCUGCGCACCUCGGGCAUGUCACAGCUGCCACAGGACGGGGAGCUGACACCAAGGUCAGGAGAGAUCAACAUUGCAGUGACAAAAGAAUGGUUUAUUAUUGCCAGUUUUGGCCUCCUCAGUGCCCUUACACUCUGCUACAUGAUCAUCAAAGCCACAGCUAGCUUGAAUGCUAAUGAAGCAGAAUGCUAUUGAAGAAACGCUUUCCGGCCGAUUGCCUUGGAGAGAGACACCUAUUUUUAUGCAUCAUUUAUCGAUCAUGCAGCACAAGCAAUUAUUUAGUACAUUCUAUUUUUUCAUAAAAUUUGCUGAUGCCAAAGCUUUGUAUUAAAGAAAAAGUGAAGAAAUAAAAAAAAACUUUAAUUAU